AUGUCCGCCUACAACUUCACAGUCCACCCAACAGCCUUCUUGUUGAUGGGGAUACCAGGCCUGGAGCACCUACACAUUUGGAUUGCUAUCCCCUUCUGCCUGGCCUACACAGUGGCCCUGCUUGGCAACUGUAGCCUCCUUUUUAUCAUUGCUGCUGAUGCAGCCCUGCAUGAGCCCAUGUACGUUUUUCUGGCCAUGCUGGCAUGCAUCGAUUUGGUCCUUUCUUCUUCAACACUGCCCAAAAUGCUUGCUAUUUUUUGGUUUAGACAUCGAGAAAUCAAGUUCUAUGCUUGUCUGACCCAGAUGUUCUUUCUCCACUCCUUUGCCAUCAUGGAGUCAGCUAUGCUGUUGGCCAUGGCCUUUGAUCGCUAUGUGGCCAUCUGCAAGCCACUGCAUUACACCACAAUCCUGACAGGGGGCCUCAUCACCAAGAUUGGCAUGGCCACAGUGGUCCGGGCUGUGACACUGAUGAUUCCACUUCCUUUUCUGCUCAGACGCUUCCACUACUGCCGAGGCCCAGCCAUUGCCCAUUGCUACUGUGACCACAUGGCUGUGGUAAGGCUGGCAUGUGGGGACACCCACUUUAACAACAUCUAUGGCAUUGCUGUGGCCAUGUUUAUUGUGGUUUUGGACUUGCUGUUUGUCAUUCUGUCCUACAUCUUUAUUCUCCAGGCGGUUCUGCAACUUGCCUCGCAAGAGGCCCGCUAUAAGGCAUUUGGAACGUGUGUCUCCCACAUUGGUGCCAUCUUGGCCUUCUACACACCCGUGGUCAUCUCUUCAGUUAUGCACCGUGUGGCCCGCCAUGCUGCCCCGCAUGUACAUAUACUUCUUGCCAAUUUCUAUCUGCUCUUCCCACCCAUGAUCAAUCCCAUAAUCUACGGUGUGAAGAGCAAACAAAUUCGUGAUCGAGUCUUAGGAUUUUUGCCGAGGAAGGAUGUGUAA